GUGCGCAGUGUCAGUAGGCGUGGGGGGGGAGCGGCCAACAGACUAAGAGAGUGAGGAAGGGGAGUUGCCACCACAAACAUUCGCACACACACAGCCACCAUGACCACCAACGAGGCAUCAAUCACGCCCAAGAGCGACUUCGACCCCGAGAAGUCGUGCAAGAGGCUGCGCAAGGCGAUGAAAGGACUCGGCACGGACUCCAACGUUAUCAUCCAAGAGCUCGUCAGCCACCAGAACCUGCAGCGACAGGAGAUUGUCGAGAAAUAUACAGAUAUGUUCGGACGAGAUCUGAAGGAGGACUUAAAGAGCGAGUUGGGCGGGAACUUCGAGGAGGCCGUCCUGGCAAUGCUCGACAGUCCAUAUGACCUCCUGGUAGACGCCCUCCACGACGCUUUCAAGGCACCCGGCACGGACGAGAAAGUCAUCAUCGACAUCCUCUGCUGCCGCACUCCUGAUGAGAUCGAACAGCUCCGACAGCAUUAUGAGCUGAAGUACGGCACUGCCCUGGACGACGAGCUGGAAGCUGACCUCUCGGGAGAUUUCCAGAUGUUGAUGCGAAGCCUGGUAGCUGCCGGUAGAGACGAGAGCGAGACCGUCGACUCGCCCACCGCCAUCAGCGACGCUCAGACCCUCUACGACGCCGGAGUGGGCAAGAACAGCGACACAGACGAGGAAGAGUUCAUCAGGGUGUUGAACAUGCGCAGCUUCCCCCAGCUGAAGGAGACCUUCCAGGAGUACGAGCGCCUGGCCGGGGCGCCCAUAGAGGACGCCAUAAGUCAAGAGUUCACCGGUGACAUGAAGUCCGGGCUACUGGCUAUUGUUCAGCGGGUGAAGGAUCCUCUUGGGUACUACGCUGAGAGGCUCCGGGCGACUAUGGUGGGUCCCGGCACUGACGACACCACACUUAUCCGUAUCCUCGUCUCCCGCUCUGAGAUCGACCUGGCGGACAUCCGCACCCGGUACAAGGAGAUGUACAACGAGGAGCUGGUGGAGGCCGUGAAGGAGGACACACGAGGCGAGUACUGCAAGCUCCUGGUCGCCAUCAUCGGCAAGUGA